AGAAAAUCAAGCUCAUGCUUUUCAGCCCGUGGUUGGAAGCUAAGGAGAAUGAGUGGUCAGGAACUGGUCACUUUGAAUGUAGGAGGAAAGACAUUCACAACACGGCUUUCUACCAUACGACAGUUCCCUAUGUCUCGGCUGGCACGAAUAUUAGAUGGUCGGGACCAAGAAUUCAAGUUGGUAAAUGGCCAAAUUUUUGUGGACAGAGAUGGUUUGCUGUUCAGUUAUAUCCUGGAUUUCCUGAGAACUCGACUGCUUUCCUUACCCACUGACUUUUCAGAUUACCCAAGACUUCGAAGGGAGGCUAAUUUCUAUGAACUUGAUCCUCUGGUUGAGCUUCUUGACCAAGAACUGCUAAAGCCUAAGCCAGAAAUUUUAGAGGUACGUUUUACAUGUCAGGACACUCGAGCCUUUUUCCGGGUCUUUGGCUCCUGUAGCAGCACAGUUGAGAUGUUAACUGGAAGGAUUACAGUGUUUAUAGAACAGUCCUCUACCCAGAGCUGGAGCAGUAGCUCUUUCCCUGCUCAGACGACUUUACUUCCAUUCCCACCACAAAGACCUUCAUACCACGAUCUGGUUUUCCAGUGUGGCUCUGAUAAUUCUACUGGUAACCAGGCCGAAGCCAGGUAUGUUUCUAUAAAGCCUGAUAACCGAAAACUGGCCAAUGGAACUAAUGUACUAGGACUACUUCUGGAUACUUUGCUAAAAGAGGGCUUCCACCUGGUGAGCACUAGGACUGUGUCCUCUGAAGAUAAUGUUGAAUGCUACAGCUUUGAAAGGAUGAAUAGGCCUGAAGAGUUUACCACAAGUGAAAGAGUGACACCAGAGCUCACUGCUGCAGCCCAGCUGUUGCCAAUACAGCCUCAGAAAAAGAAAUGAAGUGCCUCAUCCUCAUAUUAAAAGGAGAUAAUUCCUUUUAAAACAACAACAUUUCAGAGGGAAAAAAAAUAUGUGCAUGUACAUAUAUAGACACACAUAUUUUGGAAGGGGUGUGGGAAUUUCGUGCUUUGGGUGGAGUGUGCUGAUGUGCUAAAUUCUGAAAUAAAAAUACUACAUCUCCUGCAAUCAUUCCACAAGCAGUGAGAGCUGCCUAUGAGCAAGAAUGUCCAGAACAAAGUAUAUUACACUGCUUUAGGAAUCAGAAAUUGAAUUUAUGGAAGGACGAUGAGGUGGGCAGGAGUGGCAGUUACAGUGUUUGUUUUUUUUCUGUUUGGUGUGAGCAUUAUUUUAAAAAUUUGGGUUUUUUUUUUGGUUUUUCUUCCACUUUUUCUUCUAAAAAAAAUACUGCAGCAAAACCUGGAGUAUUUUUUCAGCUAGAUCUUUAAAGGAUCUUGGAGAUCUAUUUCUGAAAACACUACAAACCUUUCUUUAGAAAUUCUUAAACACAUAAAAAGGAAAGAUAUUAAUAUGCUCUACAGACAUCAUAGUCAUUAUAAAUCAGUGGGAUAGGUAACAAAACUACUAUUUCUCUUUUGCCCACUUAAUCGGGAGUGGAAGUAAGCCCACUGUUAUCAGUGGGCUGAUAGUGUUGAGAAAUAGUAAAGGAAGAAGAAGGAGUGCUAAAAAUAUGAACAUCACAUUCUACAAAUUAACUAGUAGUUUCCCCAACCCUUCCCCCCUGGAUAGAGGAUUGGGGUAUUUUUGUUUUCCCUUCAGUCUUGGAGAGUCGAGAGGGCACUAACCAUUUCAUUACCUCUGCAUUUGUCUUAGAGGAGGUCUUGAGUCAGACCUUUCUUUUUGACAUCUGGAAGACUAGGAAGAUUUUUCUAAGAGUUUCAAUUAACUACAACAAAAGUAGUCAAAUGAGAGUUUGGAAAAGGUGUCUUGGGCAUUCAGUUCUAAAAUUUUCAAGGUACUUUCUCUGCAAGUAGCAGCCUUUACAGUCAUCCUCAGUUUUCUACAUAUAUGGUUCCAUGAGUUUUCUUAUAAAUGUGUAUCUGGCUUCCUUUCAUAAGUGGAGUAAGUUUUAGGGCUAAUUCCCCCAUAUGAAAUAAUUAUCUAAUUUGAGAUUUCCCACUUUGGUGAAUAAUGAUUUGCAUACUUGCCUUUGGGCUAAAGAUUCCUAGAAUGAUAAAUGUAUAAUUUUGUACACUCAAUAAAUUCCAUUUUUGUUUUCAAAGAAGGAACUGAGAAUGUGACUAUUUGGAUAUAGCCAUUUACUAUCUGUGGGACCUUGAGCAAGUGAUUUUCUCCCUGUGACUCGGUCUCCUCUUAUGUUAAAAGAGAGAGUUGGAUUAGAUGGCUUCUAAAGUCACUUCCAGCUGAUAUCAA